AUGGGGUCCAAUCUGCCAGCCCAGCCAAACCUUAGGGUCACAAUUAUCGCGGCGGAUGGGCUAUACAAGCGCGAUGUCUUCCGAUUCCCGGAUCCGUUCGCCGUGGCUACCGUGGGGGGUGAACAGACCCAUACGACAUCCGUGAUAAAAAAGACAUUGAACCCUUACUGGAAUGAGAUGUUUGAUCUGUACGCCUUAUCAUCCGAACUUCCCCGAUUGUGCCUCUUUCCCGUGCUAAUCAAUUCCGAUAGACGUGUCAACGAGGACAGCAUCCUUGCAAUUCAGAUUUUCGACCAGAAGAAGUUCAAGAAGAAGGACCAAGGUUUCCUCGGUGUCAUCAACGUGCGGAUUGGAGAUGUGAUAGAUUUACAGAUGGGCGGUGAUGAAAUGCUCACCAGAGAUUUGAAGAAAUCGAAUGAUAACCUCGUCGUACAUGGAAAAUUGAUCAUUAAUCUAUCCACCAAUCUCACUACACCGAAUACCAAUCAAACGAAUGGCGGUUUGAAUCGAUCACAUGUCCAAUCCUCAACCUCGAGCGGGCUUGUCCCACAGGUAUCGACGUCAGGCUCGCAGCCGUUGCCGCCGCCUGCUCCUGGCCCGGCUGAUCCGCCCCCGGCUGCAGCAUCGAACCCUUCCCUCCAACCCCAACGAGCCCCAUCUGGUACCAGGCCGUCCAGCACAGUUGUUCCGGCUAAUGGAGCAGCUGCUCCACCUAGUGCCAGCUCUCGAACAAACCUCAGUUCGUUUGAAGAUAGCCAAGGCCGGCUACCAGCCGGCUGGGAACGACGGGAGGACAACCUGGGACGAACUUACUACGUGGAUCACAAUACCCGGACAACCACCUGGACGAGACCAUCGAACAACUAUAAUGAACAUGCGCAGCGCUCUCAGCGCGAGGCCAACAUGCAGUUGGAGCGAAGAGCACACCAGAGUCGUAUGCUCCCCGAAGAUCGAACAGGGGCAAGUUCGCCGAACUUGCCAGAUAACCAACAGCAAGCCUCUACUCCCCCGGCGGGUGGAAGUGCCAAUGCUGUUUCCAUGAUGGCCACGGGAGCCACCACUGCAGGCACUGGUGAGCUUCCCCCAGGAUGGGAGCAGCGGACGACCCCCGAGGGACGGCCGUACUUUGUUGAUCACAACACCCGAACUACGACAUGGGUUGAUCCUAGACGGCAGCAGUACAUCCGGAUGUACGGCCAGAAUGCCAACGGCACCAACACCACGAUCCAACAGCAGCCCGUUUCCCAGCUGGGACCGUUGCCCAGCGGGUGGGAAAUGCGUCUGACCAACACGGCUCGAGUAUACUUCGUGGAUCACAACACCAAGACGACGACAUGGGACGACCCUCGACUACCGUCGUCCUUGGAUCAAGGUGUUCCGCAGUACAAGCGUGACUUCCGUCGCAAGCUUAUCUACUUCCGAUCGCAGCCUGCUCUGCGUAUCAUGUCCGGUCAAUGCCACGUCAAGGUCCGCCGGAAUAACAUCUUUGAAGACUCGUAUGCCGAGAUCAUGCGCCAAAGUGCCUCGGAUCUGAAGAAACGUUUGAUGAUCAAGUUCGACGGUGAAGAUGGUCUGGACUAUGGUGGUCUUUCUCGUGAAUUCUUCUUCCUUCUUUCCCACGAAAUGUUCAAUCCCUUCUAUUGUCUGUUCGAGUAUUCCGCACACGAUAACUAUACUCUGCAGAUCAAUCCUCACUCCGGCGUUAACCCAGAGCACUUGAAUUACUUCAAGUUUAUUGGCCGAGUUGUCGGUCUGGCCAUCUUCCAUCGUCGUUUCCUGGAUUCUUUCUUCAUCGGGGCGUUCUACAAGAUGAUGCUGCGGAAGAAGGUUUCGCUUCAGGACAUGGAGGGUGUUGAUGAGGACCUACACCGUAACCUUACAUGGACUCUGGACAACGAUAUCGAUGGCAUUAUGGAACUCACUUUCUGUGUUGAUGACGAAAAGUUCGGAGAGCGUCGUACUAUUGAUUUGAUACCCGGUGGUCGGGAUAUUCCCGUCACCAACGAGAACAAGCCACAAUAUGUUGAGUUGGUCACUGAGUGGAAGAUUGUGAAGCGUGUUGAAGAGCAGUUCAACGCGUUCAUGUCCGGAUUCAACGAGCUGAUCCCCGCGGAUCUGGUCAAUGUAUUUGAUGAGCGCGAGUUGGAGCUGCUGAUUGGUGGUAUUGCCGACAUCGAUGUUGAUGACUGGAAGAAGCACACCGAUUACCGUGGAUACCAGGAACAGGACGAGGUGAUCCAGAACUUCUGGAAGAUUGUCCGCACCUGGGAUGCGGAACAGAAGUCUCGUUUGCUCCAGUUUACUACUGGUACAUCGCGUAUUCCGGUCAACGGAUUCAAGGAUCUCCAAGGUUCCGAUGGACCCAGACGGUUCACCAUUGAGAAGUCCGGUGACCCUAUCGCGCUACCCAAGUCUCACACAUGCUUUAACCGUCUUGACCUUCCUCCGUACAAGACGCAUGAUACUCUUGAGCACAAACUGUCUAUCGCCGUGGAGGAGACAUUGGGCUUUGGACAGGAGUAG